ACACUCUUUUUAUCUGCAAUUUUCCCGAGAAAAUAAACAGGAAGAAGGAAAAAGGAGAGAAUUUUUUGGGAACCAAACGGAGCAAAAACAGGAGAAGCUUCUUCGUUUUCGUCUGGGGGAAUUUCUCUUUGUCCUUCUCUUUGUUCUUAUGCGUUGAAGAAUAAUGGCUACGAGUGCAGGGAAUUACAGAAGUGGGACGCACAAGAGCUCUCUGAGAACUCAGUGUUCUGGUUCCAGCUCGGGAGUCAAAUCCUCCGCCAAAUCGAAACCGACGCUUCGGAAGAGCAGCCCGGCGGCGCUCGGCGGAGAGGCCGGAGUCCCUGGAAGAGUUCGAGUUGCUGUGAGAUUACGGCCGCCCAACGCGGAGGAUCUAGCCGCCGAUGCUGAUUUUGCUGACUGCGUUGAAUUGCAACCGGAGCUUAAGAGACUGAAACUGCGAAAGAACAAUUGGGACACUGAUACAUACGAGUUUGAUGAAGUGUUCACUGAGUAUGCUUCACAGAAGCGUGUCUAUGAAGUGGUGGCUAAGCCUGUCGUGGAGGGUGUUUUGGAUGGAUACAAUGGGACGAUAAUGGCAUAUGGACAAACUGGUACUGGUAAAACAUACACUCUUGGCCGUUUAGGGGAAGAAGACGUGUCUGAUCGUGGAAUAAUGGUUCGUGCUAUGGAGGACAUCUUAGCCGAAGUGUCUUUGGAGACUGAUUCGGUUUUUGUCUCCUACUUGCAGCUUUAUAUGGAGACAAUACAGGACCUUCUUGAUCCAUCUACCGAUAAUAUUUCCAUAGUUGAAGUGCCAAAAACCGGAGACGUUUCUCUCCCAGGAGCUACUGUGGUUGAAAUUAGGGACCAACAGAGCUUCUUGGAACUUCUAAGAUUAGGAGAAGCACACCGGUUUGCUGCCAACACCAAAUUAAACACCGAGUCAUCUCGUAGUCACGCUAUUUUAAUGGUACAAGUAAAGCGGUCGUUGAGAACAAGAGAUACUCUUUCAAAUGAGAGUAGCGGAAACUCUCAUACGUCCAAAUCUCUUAAACCUCCGGUUGUCCGGAAGGGAAAAUUAGUUGUGGUGGACCUUGCUGGCUCAGAGCGUAUCGAUAAAUCAGGAAGUGAGGGACAUACACUAGAGGAAGCGAAAUCUAUUAAUCUAUCGUUGAGCGCGUUGGGGAAAUGCAUCAAUGCGCUAGCAGAAAACAGUCCUCAUGUCCCAUUUCGCGAUUCAAAGCUAACCAGAUUGCUUCGAGAUUCAUUUGGAGGCACAGCAAGGACCUCCUUAGUUAUUACAAUUGGUCCUUCCCCACGACAUCGAGGGGAGACAUCAAGCACUAUAAUGUUCGGGCAAAGGGCUAUGAAAGUGGAAAAUAUGUUGAAGUUAAAGGAAGAAUUUGACUACAAAAGCUUGUCUAGAAGGCUUGAGGUACAGAUGGAGAAUCUAAUAGCAGAAAACGAAAGGCAGCAGAAAGCUUUCGUGGAUGAGAUCGAGAGAAUAACCAUAGAAGCUCAGAAUCAAAUUGCUGAGGCAGAAAGGAGAUAUGCCAAUGCAUUAGAGGAGGAGAAACUAAGGCAUCAAAAAGAUUACACGGACUCGAUAAAGAAGCUCGAGGAGAAAUGGUCAAAGAAUCAACAAAAGCUACCCGCAGAAAGACUUGCGCUCGGGGAGAAAAAAGGCAUAGACGUCACAUCAAAUGGAAAUGGAUCGGUAACCCCAUCCAUUGAGGAAGCCUUUGAACUGAAAAAGUUGCUUCAGAAAGAAACUCAACUCAGGAUUGCAGCUGAAGAGGAAAUCAACAGCCUAAAACUUCGGUUCUCUGAAUUGAAAAAUUUAGAAGUAUCAGGAAAUUCUGAGAUUUUUAAACUCCACAAGUUGUUGGAAAAUGAGACACAGCAGAAACAAAAACUUGAAGGGGAAAUAGCGAUACUGCAAACUCAAUUACUCCAAUUGAGUCUUAAUGCUGACGAGACAAGAAAAAACCUCGAGAGACACGGUCCAGAGAGAACUCCCAAUGCUCUCGAUUCUCUUAUGUCUCAGUUAAGACUUCCUCAGCUCCAAGAUCCGGGAAAUGGCGAGAAAUCCUCUGUAGCUAGACUCUUUGAGCAAGUGGGUCUGCAAAAGAUAUUAUCCCUGCUCGAAGCAGAAGACACCGAUGUGCGGAUACAUGCUGUCAAAGUGGUUGCAAACCUAGCUGCUGAAGAGGGAAACCAGCAAAAAAUUGUGGAAGCUGGAGGGCUGACGUCUUUGUUGAUGCUUCUGAGAAAUUCCGAAGAUGAGACCAUCCACAGAGUUGCUGCUGGUGCAAUCGCCAAUCUUGCUAUGAAUGAAACUAACCAGGAAAUGAUAAUGGAUCAAGGGGGCAUCAGUUUACUGUCAAUGACAGCAGCCAAUGCUCAAGAUCCUCAAACCCUCAGAAUGGUAGCUGGAGCAAUUGCUAAUCUAUGUGGAAAUGACAAACUGCAAGCGAAACUGAGAUCGGAGGGUGGCAUUACGGCUUUGUUGGGAAUGGUCAGAUGUGGACACCCCGACGUUCUUGCACAAGUUGCUCGCGGAUUCGCUAACUUUGCGAAAUGCGAGUCGAGGGCUUCAACCCAAGGAACAAAAAGUGGAAAGUCGGUCUUAAUAGAAGAUGGUGCACUGUCUUGGAUCGUACAAAAUGCCAAGACCGAAGCUUCAUCGAUCAGGCGACAUAUCGAACUAGCUCUCUGCCACUUAGCUCAGCACGAAGGGAACGCGAAAGAGAUGGUGAAGGAAGGGGGAACAAGGGAACUGGUGAGGAUAUCUAAAGAGUGUUCGAGAGAUGACAUAAGAAGUCUUGCUCAUCGCACACUCACUUCAAGUCCUACCUUCCUCUCCGAACUCAGACGCCUCCGGUGAGUCACGCCCCCAUUUUAUUUUUUUAAAAAAAAAUCAUAUCUUCUAACAUUGAGGAAUUUGAAAAGAGUGAACGAUAUUAAAUUAUGUUUGGGUUUUUGUGUGUUUUGGAUUUGAUUUUUUGGGGGAUAAUGAAGUGUAUAUUUGAUUUUUUCUUUUUCUU